CUUCCAAACCAUGGAAAAUGUUUCUUUCCCUUGUCUUUCUCUCCCUCUCACUAUCUUUCCAUAGAAACAAACACACCCUUAAGUUUCUGUUAUUGAUCACAGAUCACAAGAACUUGCUUCCAACAAAGGGGAGAAGCACUUAACCUAUGGACCCAGAACCUCAAAAUUCCGAAAAUAGCGAUUGUACCUUUGUUUGGGACGAAAAUUCGCAGCUUUACUUUCACGCCAGUAGUGGAUUUUAUCAUGAUCCUAAUGCUGGCUGGUACUAUAGCACCAAAGAUGGUGUUUAUUACAAAUUUGAGGAUGGAAAUUAUGUACCUUUAGAUUGCAACAAGGAUGAUGAUGUUGAAGAAAUAUAUGUGUGCAAAGAAACCAAACCUGAAAGAACUCAACAAAUACAAGACAUUAACAAUGAGGAGGAUUGUGCUUCCUUCCUCGGAAACGAAAUUGAAACUAACCAACAGAUAGGAACCUUGACCGAGGAAGCAGGGGAUGAUGCAAUGAACUCCACGAACAGUCCAACUUGUGGAAACCCUCCACCACCAUCGGAAUGGUUAGAAGACACACUUAUUGAUCUAUACUUAUCUGGCUACAACAACAUAGCAGUUAGUGCAGCUGAUACAGUGACAGACCCCGUGGAAACCAAUGGAUAUAACUUCACAUUAGAAACUGAUGCUUACAGAAAUGCUGAAAUGGGAGGUGACUGGACCACAGGCCCAGCAGAUGAAAAUGGCAUGAAUGAUAAUGAAAAAACUGUAGAUGACAUUGUAGCUUACAGCGAUGCUUAUGAAGUAGAAGAAGGUGAGUGGAUUCCAGAUCCAGAAGAUGAAAAUCACUUAGCUGAUGGAAGUUCCAUAGAUGAAGGCAUCUUGUUCGAAGAAGAAAAAUGGCGAGCUCAGUAUGGUCAAGUCAUUGAAUCAAGGGAAGAUUUGGUUUUAGAGUUUCCAGUUUUGGACUUGUGGAACUGGGAAAUGGUCAGAGCAUCCAAAAAAGAUGGAAAAGAUAGGGUGGCAAGGUUGGUUGGAAGACUGGUCAAACAAUCUGCAAAGCGGCACCCAUCUAUCUCCUCUGUUGAAAAGAAAUUUAGAUCUGCUCCUAUCUGCGAAGUAGAUCUCGAUCUGGUACGCGUCAAAACAGGACAAGUGUAUAGAUUGCGAAACCCAAGUGCGAGAUAUGUGGCUUCAUUAUCAAGUUAUGAUUCUGCCGAUCCAACAAAAGAUUGGGAUUUUCCUCAGUUAUCAUCUAAUACAAAUAGCACUCAUGUCUCUAAGUCAAGUCAAAGUACUCCUUCUACUUCAACUGAAAUUCCUAUGGUGAAAGAUUUGCCCACGUUGCCUAGUCAGCUUUCUGCAUCCAAGCAAAUAAAAUGUCAAUAUAGAGAUCGCGCGGCUGAAAGAAGAAUCUUGCAUGGUGGCUUUGGUGUUGGUCCAGGGCAGAAGAAGCUUGGUGUCGAUGAUGAUACAACAUCAUCGCCUGAUGCUUGUCCAGAAGUAGCUACAGAAGAGGCCUUGAAGAUGUCAUUUGGACCAGGUAGUUAUGCCAGAAAUCUUCUGGAAGGCAUGGGCUGGAAGGAGGGAGAAGGACUCGGCAGUUCUACAAAAGGUUUGGUGGAACCUAUUCAACCAGUUGGAAACAUUGGCAGUGCAGGCUUGGGGUGGCCUCGUCGAUGAACAAGGCUGACUAUGUGUCAGCACCACACAGAAACUUACCUUCAACCACCAGAGCAAUGUAGCCUAUGUUUUUAUUACGAUUAGGAUUAGAAUCUGAUACAUUUGAAUUUACAACACUCGCAAACCCUACCCACCCACCAGCCACUUGCGUUAGACCUCGGUGGUAAUGUAUCCUAUGUGUUGUACAUCACCCUCCCUUAAAUACAUGGUAAUCCAGUUAAAUCGCAUUUGAUCGUGCCAUUGGUGUUCGGGUUUUUGAGAAAGAAGCAAUUCUUAUUUCUAAAGUUGAUUCCACUCAACACAAUUUGUAGUUUCUAUGGUGGAAUUCUACACAAAUCAGUUCUAUGGUGGAAUU